AUGAGAAACAUCGGAGAUGGAAAAAAAACGAUUAUUCGAUCUGCGGCGAAAAAUGACGACGCGAAUGAGAUUUCAUUCUCCGAGAAGGACGACGAGCACACGACGAAUAAGCUCACGAAACGAGAGUUCGGCAUGAAAACGUUCGCGUUCACUUCACUCUCUCUCUUUGCGUCUUCAUCUUCCUCUCAAACGAAAGAAGCUUUUGCGGACGACUCUUUAAACUCAAACUUUUGGGAGAAAGUCAACCUGCCGUUAGAACCGGGAGUGAUCCUGUUAGACAUCGCGUUUACGGAUGAAAACGCGCGACACGGAUUUUUACUCGGCACGAGACAAACAAUCUUGGAAACCUUCGAUGGGGGGAAAACGUGGGACGCGAAAGAUUUAGGGCAAGAUGUCAUCGACGACGAGGUGAAUUAUCGAUUUAAUUCGGUCUCGUUCAACGGCGACGAAGGGUGGAUCGUCGGGAAACCGGCGAUUUUGUUACACACCGUGGACGCGGGGAAGACGUGGGAGAGAGUUGGUUUGUCGCCGAGAUUACCGGGGAUUCCGGUGUUGAUUACCGCGACUGGGGAUAACGGCGUGGCGGAGAUGGUGACGGAUCAAGGGGCGAUUUAUUUAACCACGGAUGCGGCGAGGAAUUGGAAAGCCGCCGUGGAGGAAACCGUGGACGCGACGUUGAAUAGAACCGUGUCGAGCGGCGUUCAAGGGGCGUCGUAUUACACCGGGUCGUUUUCCACGGUUUCCAGAAACCCGGAAACUGGCGAGUACAUCGGUUUAUCUUCGAGAGGGAACUUUUACAUGUCGUGGGCACCGGGACAAGCGUACUGGCAACCGCACAACCGAUCCUCGGCGAGAAGAAUUCAAUCCAUGGGUUGGAGAAAAGACGGCGGCGUGUGGCAGUUAACCAGAGGCGGUGGGAUUUAUUUGAGCGACACGAAAGCGUUGCCAGAGGAAGACGACGAAUUCACGGAAGGUAAAAUUGGAAGCAGAGGGUACGGUUUGUUGGAUCUCGGAUCGAACGCGAGCGGGACGAAAUACUUCACCGUCGGCGGAAGCGGGUCGGUGUUCUCCUCGGAGGAUAAGGGUAAAACGUGGAAAAGAGAUCGCGGGACCGACGAGGUUGCCGGGAACCUGUACAAAGUCGCGUUCGCCAAAGACGACGUUGGGUUUAUCUUGGGGAACGAUGGUAUUUUGUUGAGAUACAGAGGCAGCGCGUAA